UCUCAUAGUUAAAACACAACAUUCGCAUUUCCUAAGGUCCUUUAACACAACCUAUCCGCCUACGUCAGUUUGCGACGAUCGGACCUGGAGAUAAUCAAUUCGCAUGUACAAAAUGGCGUCCCUCAGGUCCCAAGCGGCGGCAGCAACUCUGCUACGAAGCGCGCGAUUAGUUCCGAGUAGACAAGCUCUAGCGAUGGCACAGAGACGAUUCAAGUCCGACGAUGCAGCAACGUCCCUCGAAACCACCGCACCCGCCCCCCUUCCCGAAGAGAGACCUCAUAACGCCCCGGACUAUGGCGUUCACAUCGACAAGGCGACAUCCACAUUCACCCCCGUACCAAAACGAGUAAUGGACGGUAGCGAAGACCACGGUAUCCUCCCCGCAGCCGUACUUUCCGGUGCUCCAAUUGAGCUACAAGCAAGAACCGUCCGCAUCUACCAACCCACGAAACCUGCCACACAAUCCGGAACGUGGGGAAGCCACCAUUGGAGAAUGGAUUGGGAUGUUCUUGCUAGGGGACACCGAUGGGAGAAUCCUCUAAUGGGAUGGCAAUCCUCCGGUGACUUCAUGCAGGGCACCAAGCUCGAAUUCAAAUCCAAGGAGGAUGCCAUUGCUUUCGCUGAGAAGCAAGGAUACGAAUAUUUCGUACAAGAGCCAAACGAGCGAGCUUUCACACCAAAAGCCUACGCCAACAACUUCUUAUACUCACCCAAAAAGCUUAAGCACAUCCGAACCAAAUAGACAGUAGCAUAGUAAUAUGGGGAAAAGCAAGUGUGGUUUUGUACAUAUACUACUAGACAA